AAAAUGGUGGUGGAGUUGUGCAUUAGUCAGGAGAAAAUUAAGAAGGAACCCGAGAAGCCAGUAGACGGGAAGAAGAUAUGUCAGCUGCUGCCGUGGUUCUUCACCACAAAUAACGGCAGCCGCCACUGGAUGGAUGAGUUCUCCCACAGAAACAUGUCCUCCAGUGAGCUGCAGAUCUGCACUUGGAAGAACGCAACCUUGAAAGAACUGACUAGAAAGAGAAGUUUACCCAAAAGCCAGAAAGAAGGAUACACAUUUCAAUUUUGCAGAGGUUUUAGUGAUCUUAAAAGACCUGGCUAUCGAGUAAAGGAGAUUGGCAGCACCAUAUCUGACAGAAAGGGGACUGAUGAUUCCCUGAAACUGCAGUCGCAGAUGUUCCAAAUAGGAGAUUACUUGGACAUCGCGAUCACCCCUCCAAAACGGGCACCGCCUCCUUCUGGGCCCAUAAGACCGUAUUAA